AUUAAAUAUUCUAUCUAACCCUUUACUUGUUGAUGAAUGAAUAAUGUUAGUGCAGUGAAUGCAACUGCCAUAAGAACGAUAGGAUAGGAUAACACUAAAAUGCUGUUUAAUUACGCUUAAUUAUAAAAGCUUACAACGUAUUGUGUAAUAAAAUUUGUCUCUAGAAAUUCCGCUGGCCACAAUACUGCUGUAACAGUAAGGCAAUGCUAUAAAAGUAGAAACACACAUAAUAAUCUGUUUAUUUACUGUUUGGUUGGUUAGUUGUUGGUAUCAAUCAGCUGAUAAACUUGAAGAACGAACAUCCGUGCGAUUAUCGAGCCGGCACAAAAUGUCUCUUAAAGAAGGACCAAAUGAAAACAAUCAAGAUGACCAGCUAGUUACAUCACAUGCAUUGAAGACUGGAAUCUCUGGAAAAAAAAACAAAAGUUCCGAUAUGGCAACGGACAAUUUGGCGUCAGCUGCAGACAACUUGGGUAAUCGACAACGCGAUCUUAACAACAAAGUUAACGAAGCUGUAGCUCUGCAAGUUAAAUUUGACAUGGUUAUAGAUAUGCCGGAGAAUAAUAAUGUUGACAAAUUAUUUAAAAUAGACCUAGCAGCCAAAUGUAAAAAUCUUGAUUACAUUAUAGAUAUUCUCAAAUCAGGGGACGACCUGUAUACAACAAGAGCAUUGAAAAAAUGCAAAUGGUUAUUUGCCGAUGAGUACUCUGACGUUAUAAACUCGCAAUACCUUUACGAAAACAUUUUCACGGUCACCUCGAUGAAUAUGAAGAAUAAAAUUUUAAAAGCUAUAUCCAUAAACGUAAAGAAUCCAGAGCGUGCAGCCCAGUUCUACAACGCUUGUAUGGAGGAAAAAAUGUUUUGCACAGCUUUUAACUGCCUGAUUAAUACAUCUGAAACAUUUAAACUGAAAACUCUACCGAAUUUAGAAAAGAAAGAAAAAUUUAUAUUUGAAAAAAUGUUAAAAUACUUCAAAUUAUUGAUCGGGAAAUCAUUUGACGUUCUAAAUGCUGUGAUGAACUUAGAUUAUUAUUUUGUGAAAUCAAUAAGACGUAAAUUACUUUUUGACGUGAAAAAAUUAUACUACUCAGUAUCACAAGAAAAAUAUUUAGAUAUUGCAGAAAAAUAUUGCAGAAUAAGAAAUGAAUUUUAUUUUUGUAAACAAAAUCAGCUAUUUGAUGCGAAACUAUCUAAAAGCAUCAUGCAAAAUAAUAAGGAUAGAGUUCUUGCCAAUCCAGUAUUUUAUUUCUAUCGUCUUGAUAGAAAAACUUUUAUAAAAUACAGUACGAUUGAUGAUACUAAAGAAUACAAAUCACAUGAUUAUGGGAUUAGAGAAAAUGAUAUACAAAAUUCAAUUUUAAAUAUUGUUCAAAAUAAUGAUAAUAUCAUUAAGUUCUUAAAAACAUUCUUCACUGAGCACUACCCUAACGUAAAGCUCAAAAUUAAUAGAAGAGUUUACGAAAUGAAAACGUACCAUUUUACGCCAGGUUAUGAGUACCGUUAUUUUAAAUUUAUCCAAUUUGAAUUAGCUUUCCCAGAAAUAAAGAAACUUGUAGACGUUACUAAUGAUACUGACACACGCAAUGACAUGGUCACUAUUUUAAUAGAAUCAGCUAAGAAUAAUCGGGAUUUGAAGUAUCUCUUCGAAUAUUACAAUAAUUUUUACUUAAACGAGUUAAGAACUUACAAAGACAGCUUUCUGAAGGCAGUUAUAUCCCACCAUAAUGUAUUUAUGUUUGAUGAUCUUUGUUGGGCUGCCUUUUAUAAAAUAUUGCUUAGUAUGAAUAUCUACAACGAGAAUGAUACAAAUGUUAAAAAUAACAUUGAUUAUGCUAAUGAAUCCUACAAAACUUUAAUUCUACUGUACCACAUAUUACAUGAUAAACUGAUUCCUGAGAAUACGAUGAAAUAUUUCCUUGAAAAUUUUAAUGUUUAUACAUUAGACAAUUACACAAGAAAUAUUGGACAUGAAAACUUUAAAAAAAUACAGCAUUACUUUUUCGAUCAUUCAAAAAAUGAAGUUUUGAAAAGAGACGUUAAAAGACACUUCAAUAAUUUAAACAAAUAUUAUACAAAAAUUCCAACAAGAUCAGGUGAUCACCCAAAAGUUUCAACGAUAGUGGUACAAAAAAGACUCUUAGACAGACAACUUUUGCAAGAUCUGAAAAAAGACAAGAUGCUUGUUCUCAGUAAAGUUGUAGAAGUAAAAAACGAAUAUGAGAAAGGUCCACCUAAACUCGAUAUUUUUUUAAAGAAAAUUAAAAUCUACUUUUCUGAUGAUAUUGCAAAAGUCUAUCUAGCUAUGUUUGAAGACCUCAUCGAUGAAAACAAAAAUCUGCGAACAUUACAUGCCGGUAUACGUGGUAUUUUAAAAAUAGGAAACGAAAGAGUCGUACAGGAAUUAAUGAGCAAACAUGCACCAGUAGUUGUUAAAGAAUGGCGGAAGAAUAAAAAUAAAGAUGAACUAAGUAUUCAGAAGGCAAUACGCCUCUAUGCUAGUAUUUCACGUCCCUUUGUGCCUCCUGCCAUCGUGUUCAAGUAUAUGAAAGAUAGCUCAGCGAAAUAUUGUCUACAUUCCCUUAAAACUUAUUUCGCAAUCCUGCCCUCGCCGAUGUGCUUAGAGUUUGUGCAAUUACUUCUAGAUGCUCCAAUAUUGAUACAGAAAUAUACGAUUCAACUGGCUUUUGAUUGUUGUACUGCACAAAGUUUGACCAAAGUUAUCACAGAUAUAUGGGGCAGCACUAACAAUAUGUAUACGAGAAGUAUCAUUUACGAGACAAUGUUAAAUAAAAUAGUAGACAAUGAAAAUCAAACCCUCUUCGAAAUGCUUUUAAAAUGUACUAAAAGUUUAAAAGAAACCGAUGAAAAUGAACUGUUUGAUAUAUUAGUAUCCAAAAAGUUACCAGAUUACUUUCUCAAAGACUAUAUUGAAGCUGUGUGGGAAGCAGUUAGUUCCUUCGAAGAUAAAAAACCUAAUGUUGAACGUAAAGAGAAAGUGAUACGUCAUAUUCAAGAAAUCCUACACGUUGUCAGGAAAAGUUUUGUAAAAAGUGUAAUUGAUGAACACAUGAAUAUGAUGAUAACGAAGAAUAACCUUAAGAUAACUUAUGCUCAGAAUGAGUUGUCACAACUUUGUAAAGACAAAUGGCAGCUUGUAGCCCGGUUUAUUAUGUUUAACACUCGUUCGGAAAGUUCACCAGACGAAUAUUGUGUGUUAAUGUCUCGUGAUGUUGUGACAAACAGCAUAGAUAAAUGGGAUAAAGUCAUUUAUGACGACUUUGUGUAUCAAAGGCUACUCAAUGAUUUUUUCAGAUAUCUGGAGAAUGCCAGUUUUAAUCAUAAUCUCCAGCAUUAUGAAGAUGCGGUUCCGAUAUUCGAGGAUUUUCUGUCAUUGGUUGAAUCAUCGCUACCAUCUUAUGCUACUUAUAAAUUGAUAUGGGAUUUAAAACUGGCAAUAAUUAGUAGACAAGUAAUAAAGAACAAUAAGAGUACUUUCGAACAAACAAACAAACCGAGUGAUUAUCAUAGUGGGAUAAUUAAUACUUUUAUCGAGUUUAGUCGAGAAUUGGGAAAAGCAAUUUCCAUGUACAUGAAUAAGCAAUCAUACUUUAUUUCAUUUUCGGAAAAUUUAAAGGAAAUGAUAGAAAAUAAUGUACAACACGUUAUACGUGUCCUUAAUCACUAUUUGAAGAUUUCGUAUAAUUUGCAUUUUUAUGGUCAGAAUUCAAUAAAAAUAGAACAUUAUAUUGACGAUAUCAAAAUAUCACUUGCGACUGGUUUGACGGAAUUGGAAUUUCCCGAAACUUUCUUGAUGGCAGUACUGUUGUUACCCCCAGAAAGUCCAAAAGACAGCUUCAUGUUUGUCAUCAAUAAACUUCAUAAAUGUCCCUAUCCAGAAGUACUAUUUGCGUUACAUUCAAGGUUUCAAAAAUUUUGCAACAUCUUAAGGGGCGAUAACAAAGCCGAUAACACAGAUGAACAAUGUUAUUUGUUAGGUCCUGAUUUUUUUAAUUAAAGGUCAUACAAACUUAAUUACAUCGAACAUUUUCUGAAACUGUCGAUAGAUGGCACUGACUGUGAUUAGAUCGCGAUAUAGUACGACCAUUUUUACUCUUGUUAAAAUGCAAUAGUAGGUAUUGUUUUGUUGUCGUAAAUAUUAUAGAACUAAAAUAUUGCCUUAUACAACGUAAAAUAAAAAUCACCUAGGCUUGUAUGUAAUACUAACUACGAUAGUCGAACGGUGAAGGGGUCGGUCGGACUGGCCAACUCGACUCAACAUCGAUGAACGCUGAUUCGAACCCCGCUGUCGUACUUACCUCAGUCUGGCUCUCGAUUUUCGUGGUAGGUACUCGUGCAUGCGUGUACUAGGUGCUGAACCUAUUCCUUAUAUAAGAUUAAUUUUUUAGCUUAGUACCUCGUACUGCUAACGGGACUUUUAGUAAUUUGUUUGUGCAACCCAUUAUUACUAAAAUUCUUUAAAGCCUUGUAAAUUAGGUGAUUAGGUACUGUUGUAAACACAAAACUACGUUUUGUAUGUUUUGUUGCUAUUUGUUAUGCAGUGUGUAUUUAUGUAAUUAUAUUCAUUAA